AGGCAGGGGUGCCCAAAGUGGGGCCCGCGGGCAAAAUUUGGCCCGCCAAAGGUUUUCUUCUGGCCCGCCGAGUCGUGGCUGCGCAAGCCGCCGUGUUUUUGUAAAACCCCUUAACCUCACAUCCAUUGUCUAUGAUGGUGAAAAGUCUAUGACUGUAAUUUACUUUUGUUCUCCAGAUGGCGCUGUUAGCACCUUUGCUGCCCACCGCUGCCACCCCCUCUCAACCCCAUGCACUGAGUGUCUUCUUUUACGUCCUCACUGCUCUGCAUACCGUUCUUGUGCUGUCCUCUCUCACGUCCUCUUUACGGAAGUCUCAUAAACACAUAAAGUUCACCGCACCAUAGGGCAAUCCUUACAUUUUGGAGAAGAUUUAAGACUCUAAGACUUUUUCAGUUUGUUAAGAUGGAACGACAACGGCAGUGGCACACGGAUAAGAGGCAUUUUAAACAAAAGUGGGAGGAUGAUUAUUUUUUUUGCAGAAAUCUCUUCUAAGGCUGUUUGUCUUAUUUGCCAGCAAUCCGUGGCUGUACUGAAAUAGUAUAAUACACGUCGCCACUACGAAACUAAACAUGCGGUCUUCUCCAGAUACAAAGGUGAGGCGCGAAAGAAAAAAUCGAGCGAGCUGCUAUCGAAACUUCGGUCACAGUAAGCCACCCUCACGAGGCCCUCGACAGCACAAGACUGCGCCACACAGGCCAGCUACGAAAUUUCGGUGCUAAUUGCAAAGAGUGGGAGAUCGUUUUCAACGGGAGAUUUUGUUAAGGAGUGCCUGUCCACAGCUGCUUCAAUAAUGUGCCCUUCCCAAGAAAGAGUUUUUUCCCAAAUUAGCCUCUCGCGCAACACAGUGACCCGCCGCGUUGAAGAUUUGUCUCGGGACAUUAGAGAUCAGUUAACAGUAAAGUCAAGAGACUUUGUUGCUUUCUCACUGGCAUGUGAUGAGAGCACAGACAUUUCUGAUUCAGCGCAGCUUUUGGUUUUUGUUCGGGGAAUUAACGCUGACAUGGAAAUAACACAAGAGUUGGCGGGACUUGAGACGCUGCGAGGGUCGACAAAAGGCGAAGAUUUGUUUGCGGCGGUUUCAAGAGUCCUGGACAAAUAUAACUUGAGUUGGGACAAAAUGGUUGGAAUAACAACUGAUGGUGCACCUGCCAUGAUUGGGAAAAAAGCUGGCCUCACUGCUCUCAUUUCCCAAAAAGUUUCAGAGUGUGGGGGAAAGGUAGCGCAAUACCACUGCAUCCUGCACCAGGAACAGCGGUGUGCAAAGACGAUCGGACUGGCAGACGUCGUGCGCGAUGUCGUUAAAAUCAUUGACUGCAUCCGCUCAAAGGCACUCUCACACCGCCAGUUCAGCGCAUUUUUGGAUGAAGUUGAUGUGCAAUACAAAGAUAUUCUUUACCAUCAGGAGGUUCGCUGGCUGAGCAGGGGGACUGUGCUCAAAAGAUUUUUUGAGUUGCGCCAACUUAUCGCGGAGUUUCUGUCGAGUGCGAGCAGGGACACACAAAUCCCCACUGAUAAAAGAUGGAUUUUCGACGUGGCCUUUAUGGUGGACAUCACCGACCUGCUCAACAAUCUGAAUGUUAAACUUAAAGGCAAAGAACAGAUCAUAACGGAGCUGUUUGACCACAUCAAGGCUUUCCAAAUGAAGCUGCAACUACUCUGCCGGCAUCUUUCAGCAGGAAACUUUGCACACUUCCCCAGCCUGAGAGACGUGAAUGUGUAGGUGGACAGGUUGCCAGAAUAUAGAGAACUUCUCAGCAACUUAAAUAAGGAGUUUGAUUUGCGCUUUGUGGACUUUAAGAAGACUGCAGGUGACAUGGAGCUUUUUUCUCAGCCCUUCAGCGUGAGUCCCGACUCAGUUCCAGAGCAUUUGCAGAUGGAGUUGAUUGAGUUUCAAUGUGACACAGAGCUAAGACCCAAAUUUGUAUCACUACCCUUGAGGGAUUUUUAUCCACAUGUGUCAAAACAAAGAUACCCACAGAUGAGAAAAAAUGCACAAGUGAUGCUAUCUCUGUUUGGCAGCACCUACAUUUGUGAGCAAACAUUUAGUCUCAUGAACCUGAACAAGAUCAAACUCAGGGGGACCCUCACAGACUCACACUUGCAAGACAUACUAACACUAUCAGUGAGUAAGCUGCAGCCCAACAUUCAGUCACUGAUUAAGUCAAAAGACCAGCUCCAUGUCUCUCAUUAAGGAUCGCAGUUUGCUGUUUUCAUUGGAAAAAAGUUUGUUUUAGUUUGUUUUUGUUUUUUAGUUGAAAAUUGCCAGUGAGGCCUUGCUGUUAUGUUUAAUGGUUUGAAAGAAUGUUUAUUUUUGUGUUACCUUGAUGAAUACAGAAUCAAAAUAAACACAUUAAAGCAUAUUCUUUGUUUUCUGCUUUUAUUUAAUGACAUACAAAAAACGUAUUGUAUUUGGCCCACGGUCCACGAUCACAUUUAGAUUUUGGCCCUUUGAGGAAAAAAGUUUGGGCACCCCUUGUCUAGAUUGUUGAUUGCCUUAAAUUUUAAUUUAUUCUGAAAGUUUUUUUUAUAUUUUUAUGUGUAUAGAUUUUUUUGUUUUGUUCUUUGUUUUUUGUGAAGAGAUGUGCUCUGAAUCAUUGGGUGGUUGUGUCUGCGAGAGUUUCGUAAUUAUUAAAAAAAAAA